CCCCCCCUCGUCUCUUUCCUGUCAACCGAGCAGAAGCUAAGAUGGCGGACUUGGCGACCGAGGGACUGGCGCGGAGGCAAAGGGCUACGACGAGUUUCCAAAGGAAAGUGCCGGAUGGCGGAGGGGGCCGCUUGGUCGUUCUGCCAGGAACCCGGCCGUCGGUGCGACACGGUCAGCUCCUGCUUUCCAGCGGCGUCCCUUCUCUGGACUCCGUUUUAGGUGGAGGUUUGGCAAUUGGAACCGUUCUUCUUAUUGAGGAAGAUGUAUAUGGUGUUUACUCCAAUCUGUUGUUCAAGAAUUUCCUUGCAGAAGGAGUAGUUUGUGGGCAUAAUUUAUUUAUUGCUUCAGAUAAAGAGGAGCCUGGUAUUAUUCUAAAGGAACUUCCAUGUCCUUUGCCGAAUCUCUCUGACAAGGAAAUGGAAGAAGUAAUAACUAUGAAGUCAACACAAGAUUCUCAGGAGUCCAUGAGAAUAGCCUGGCGUUACCAGAACAAACCAAAGCAGGAGGUAACCCACAUACCCUUUUCAAAAUUUGGACACUACUUUGAUUUAUCUAAAACAAUGGCUCCAGAACUAAUCCAAAAUAUUAAAUGGGAUGGUUUUUUUAUUCUUGAAGAACCAGGCUUGGAUAUUGAUGAAAAGUCAUGUAAUAAGGCAUGUGCUUACACCAGACUGCUUCAUUCUAUUCAGAAAGUCAUUCUUCAACAAGGAUAUAAUGGGUCCACUUUGCAGAAAAAACAAAGGAAUGUGUUGAGAAUAGGAAUUCAGAGCCUUGGUUCAGUAUUAUGGGGUGAUGAUAUCUGUUGUACUGAAAAUCCAGAAAAUCUGCACAGCCUCACCAAAUUUAUGUAUGUUCUACGUGGCCUACUGAGAACAUCAUUAUCUGUCUGCAUCAUCACUGUUCCAACUUAUCUGAUCCAGAAUAAAGCUAUUAUGGAACGUGUUACCCACUUGUCUGAUACAGUAAUUGGGCUUGAAUCAUUUAUCGGGUCUGAGAGAAAAACCAAUCCAUUAUACAAGGAUUAUCAUGGUUUGGUUCACAUACAUCAAAUUCCUCGGCUUAAUAGUUUGAUCUGUGAUGUAUCAAACACAAAGGACCUUGCCUUUAAAUUGAAAAGGAAGCUGUUUGUUAUUGAGCGAUUGCAUUUGCCUCCAGACUUGUCAGACACAGUGAGCCGCACGAGCAAACAGGAUCUGGCAGUCUCCGCCAAAUUGCUGAGCACAGAAUGUAGUGCGAUGGCCAUGGGCAAGAAGCACCUGGACUUCUAGUGAUUUCAACUUAGCAGCUUCACUUCAAUUUAUAUGACACUCUAAUUAUGACUGUUAAUGACUUUCGUAAAUAUUUUUCUUCAUCGUUGUGACCCA